GGACUCCGGGCAGAGGCACAUCGGGCUGGACUCCGGGCAGAGGCACAUCGGGCUGGACUCCGGGCAGAGGCACAUCGGGCUGGACUCCGGGCAGAGGCACAUCGGGCUGGACUCCGGGCAGAGGCACAUCGGGCUGGACUCCGGGCAGAGGCACAUCGGGCUGGACUCCGGGCAGAGGCACAUCGGGCUGGACUCCGGGCAGAGGCACAUCGGGACUCCGGGCAGAGGCACACCGGGCAGAGGCACACAUCGGGGCAGAGGCACACCGGACAGAGGCACACCGGGCUGGACUCCGGGCAGAGGCACAUCGGGCAGGACUCCGGGCAGAGGCACAUCGGAUUACCAGGCGAAGCAGCAGGCAGCGGGCCACCAGGCGGAGCAGCAGGCACCGGCCCCCAGGCGGAGCAGCAGGCAUCGGGCGGAGCGGCGGGCACCGAGUCACCAGGCACGACAGUGGGCUCCGAGUCAACUGGCAUGACCGCUGGCACUGGGUCAGACAUUGGAUCGUCUGGCUGGACAGCGGGCAUCGGGUCACCAGGCAUCAGGUCAUUUGGCUCGACAGCGGGCACCGCGUCAUCUGGCAAGGCAGUGGGCUCCGAGUCAACUGGUAUGACCGCGGGCACUGGGGCAGACAUUGAAUCAUCUGGCUGGACAGCGGGCAUCGGGUCACCAGGCAUCAGGUCAUUUGGCUCGACAGCGGGCACCGCGUCAUCUGGCAAGGCAGUGGGCUCCGAGUCAACUGGUAUGACCGCGGGCACUGGGUCAGACAUUGGAUCGUCUGACUGGACAGCGGGC